AUUUCCGUCAAAUAGUGUUUGGCGCGCUGGCUGAUAAGCACAGGCGGUUGAUCACGAUGAAAUUAUUUUUUUUAGUUGCACGACAGAUAUCUUACAUUCCUCACGUGUCUGAGCGGUUUAAUUUAAUCUUCUUCAUUUGCAAGUUGUAACGAAAAUGAGUAGUGUCGAAUUGGCCAAUAAUAUAAGAAUGGCACGUCAGAAUGGGAUCGUCCAACCUUUGCUUACUGAUCUUUACCAAAUCACCAUGGCCUAUGCUUACUGGAAGUCCGACAAAAUAAAUGAUGUGGCAGUAUUUGAUUUAUUUUUCCGUAAUAAUCCGUUCCAAGGAGAAUUUACCAUAUUUGCUGGACUUGAGGAGUGUCUCAAGUUUUUGGAGAAUUUUCAUUAUUCUGACAGUGAUAUUGAAUAUUUGAUGGCGACUCUUCCUGAGAAUAUUGAGCCAGAGUUUUAUGCAUAUUUAAGGGAUCUAACAUGCAAAGAUAUCAAGUUGAGUGCCAUUGAAGAAGGAUCUGUAGUUUUCCCAAGAGUGCCCCUAUUAAGAGUUGAAGGACCUCUAAUUAUUACCCAGUUGUUGGAGACGACCUUAUUAACCCUGGUUAACUUUGCAAGCUUGAUGGCGACAAACGCCGCUCGGUAUCGGAUGGUGGCUGGGAAAAAUGUUUCUUUACUGGAAUUCGGACUAAGAAGAGCGCAAGGCCCCGACGGAGGGCUAUCCGCUUCCAAAUAUGCAUAUAUCGGUGGUUUUGACGGCACCAGCAACGUGCUGGCUGGCAAGAUGUUCAACAUCCCCGUGAAAGGGACGCACGCCCACUCAUUCGUGACGUCAUUUAGCACUCUAUCCGACGUCUCCUUAGUCGCACUGCGUCACGCAGACUCAGACAAACAGUGCAAUCUGCUAGAUCUCGCCACGGAAUGGCGCAAACGCGUCUCACCAAUCAUGGACGUGUCCACAGAAGAGGCGAGCGACGGUGAACUAGCCGCCUUGAUAUCCUAUGCUCUUGCCUUUCCGUCAGGAUUUCUGGCUUUAGUGGAUACGUAUGAUGUCAAGAGGUAUAACUUUCAAGGCUUACCGUCACGACACAGGCAGCAUAUGAAUGGGCAUUCUGGCUACAAUAGCAACUGUGGAUCCAAUGGUUCUAGAAUACAAAACUCACAUAGUACAUAUGGAUAUAGCACGGUCGAACGCACACUGAGGAGUGGGCUUCUAAACUUUUGUGCCGUGGCACUAGCGCUAAACGAUUGCGGGUACCGCGCGGUCGGUAUCCGCAUAGACAGCGGGGACUUGGCAUACCUCUCCGUGCUAGCCCGGGACACGUUUGCCAAGGUCGGCGAAGCGCUCAAGUUGCCAUGGUUUUCCACACUGACUAUCGUAGCUUCUAACGAUAUAAAUGAGGAUACUAUACUGAGUCUGAAUGAGCAAGGUCACAAAAUCGACUGUUUCGGCAUUGGAACGCAUUUGGUGACUUGUCAACGCCAGCCCGCACUUGGGUGCGUCUACAAACUGGUGGAAAUCAAUGGUCAGCCAAGAAUUAAGCUGAGUCAAGAUGUAGGCAAAGUUACGAUUCCGGGUCACAAAGAGGCAUACAGACUGUUCGGGGCGGACGGGCACGCGCUCGUCGACCUGCUCCAGCGCUCCUCGGAGCCCCCGCCCGCGGUCGGCCAGAAGGUGCUCUGCCGGCAUCCCUUCCAGGAGUCCAAGCGGGCCUACGUUAUACCGAGCAAAGUAGAACACCUUUAUAAGGUGUGCUGGAAAGACGGCAGGAUCUGCUACCCGCCGAAGCCGUUGUCCGAGGUACGCCAGCGCGUGCAGUCGUCUCUGCGGACGCUCAGACAGGACAUCAAGCGGAAUUUGAACCCUACCCCAUACAAGGUGGCGGUGAGCGAUGACCUCUACAACUUCAUUCACGACUUGUGGCUUCAGAACGCGCCCAUCGGGGAACUCUCCUGAAAUUACCACUUCUCUUACCCUACCCACUCAUAAUGAUCAAUGUUGCAUGUUUUCUUUCGUUAAAUUUACCCAUUGGGUAAGCUAACUUUGCUUGAUUUAUCGUGCGGCCAUUAGAGCACUAGUAAAAAAAAAGAACAUUUUAUUAAUCCCUCAACUCCUACCGUCGCGAUAUCUGGUUUGCCGAGAAGUUACCUCUCUCUCACCCUCACGUUAUCGCAUAUGAAAUUUAGAAGCGCUGCAGAUGAAGGGUUGAUAAUAAUUGUAAUUAGCAUAAGAUCACUAUUGUAUUUAUUAAUCAAGACUAGUCACAUGUUAAAUUAGUAAAAAUUCAAAAUCAAAGAAACCUUGCAAUAUGUUUAAAACGUACAUAUAAUAACAUUAAUAACAUUCAACCAGUGUAUUUAUAAGCAAUCUACAAAAACACUUUUACAAGAUUUGUUAUAUUUAUAUGGAUGGUAUAAGCAUAAGGAUAGUCAUGAAAAUAUUUGCUAACAGAUUUAAUAUAUGCUUUAGAUUGUAAGUAGUAAUAAUACCAGAAUAGUUACAAAAAUGGAUUACAGUACCGAGAAAGGUUUUAAACCCUGUAGUCAUUGAUAGGAUAUAAGAGGCCGUAGUCGAUUUUGGAGCAAAAAUUUUAAGUUGAUAGAUUUAGUCGUUGAAAUUAUACACGUUUUGUUACGUAAUAUCUAAAUAACAAGUAUUGGUUUCUAUUAGCACGUUUUCUCAUCUUGCCUUUUAAUAAUGAGGUCGCGAGCGUACGUCACCGGUAAUAUAUGAAGAGAAGGGGCAGUUUUUAAAAAAUCAUCAAAAAAUUAUGGUGGUAAAUUAUACAAAUUGAUGUAUAAGAAUAGUUUCAGCAAAUGUUGUAGAUUGUUCAAGUAUCUAAAUUACGUUGAAAUUAAGUCGAUUUUCAGAGAAAUUGUAACUUGUUUUGAAGUAAUUUCUGGAGAAAAUUGAAUUCGUUUAACUUUCAUUUCCUCGAACUCUAAGUCAUAUAACAAAAAUGUAAUCUGAUAAAGGUCAAGUACAGAAUAUGUGUAAUACAAAUUUACCAUUUUUAGCAGUCCAAACUUUACGAAAUUUACAAAUAAGAGCGACAAAAUCAGUGCUUUACGCGCGUUUAUCUAAACGUCCUUCAGAAAAAAAAUCAUUACUAAUUUAGUGUCUGUUUUCAAAAAAUUGAUCUGAUAAAAGGCAAGAUAAGAAGACGUGCUAAUAGAAACCAGUACUUGUUAUUUCAAUUUGGUAACAAAAGGUGUACAAUUUCAUCGACGAAAUCUAUCAAUUUUACCUUUUUGCGACUAAAAUCGACACCGGCCUCUACAGUACUCUCACUCUGAGUGUUUAUUUUUCGAAUUAAGAGGAACACAAUGUACAAAACAUGUAUUUAUAUUUUAUUACACAUAGUUAUGUAGGCAACUCCAUUUUCAAAAUAGUGAGUAAAUUACUAAAAAACUUAUUUUUUUACUCUAUGUGUUUUUUGAAAUACGUUCACAAUUAUGUAGGUCACACCCCGCUAUGUUUUUUUCGUACGUGCGGCAUACGUACGUGUUAUUUGCACUUUAUGAAGUGCAUUAAUUGUAUUGAUUAAUCACUAAAUACAUUUUACAUAUUUUUCAAGUGCAAGCAUAUAUUAUAUGAUUGCGAAAUUUGCUUAUUUUAUACCUAUAUUUUUAUAUGGUUGAUGGAAUUUAGUAAGCAGGAUGCUAAAUAUAGAACAAAACACUCAUACACCAUGAACACAAAAUGUCACCCUAAACAUGAAUUCAUGUAGGGUAUCUAGAACUAGGCUCCAUACACGUUACAUCUACUUCUAAAUGGACAAUGGGCACUUCUUAAAUUGUUGAUUUAUACCACAUAAUACAAAAAAUAGUACUUCAAACUCACACCGACUAUCAAAACCGAUAUUUGGCAGCAUAAGAUGAUUAAUGAUGCUUGUUCCCGAUCUACGAAGUACAUAUUCCUGUGAUCGUGGCGUAACACAACAAGAGCUAAUAUAACUACUCCAUUUAACGCCUUAUAGAUUGAUUGAUAUAUCACUGGCCAUUCUUUUGUGAUAAGCUUAUACAUACGAGGGGUGGCUGGAAAGUUAUCUACCUAAGUAUGAAGUAAAAAACUGUCGUGGCUAGUUUUUUUUUAUUUUUCUAUAUAGUCUCCUGUAAGAGAAAUGCACUUAUUGCAUUUUUCAUAAAGUGACAUUAGACCGUUAAAAUAAUAUUCUUUUGUUUUGCUGUCAAAAUGCUCGUUUACUGCAGACUUCAUGUCUUCAUCGGUCAAAAAUCGCCGCCCUCUUAGGUCUUUUUUUAAAAGCCUGGACAAAAAGUAGUCGCAGGGGGCUAAAUCUGGGCUAUAAGGUGGGUGAUCCAGCUGGUCGUAGCCGUUUGCUUUCAUAGCUGCCUUCACAACUUGAGCGGUGUGCACGGGGGCGUUGUCGUGCAAUAUAAGAAUUCCUUUGGCAAGUUUGCCUCGUCGUGUCUGUUUUGUUUUUUCUCGG